AUGUACGUUGCCAGAAUCUCCAGAACCGCCGGCUCCAGAGCCGCUGCCGCUAUAUCUAGAAGAGCUCUCUCUAGCGCCACCAGAUCUGUUAGACCAACCUUGGCCAGAACCCAAGUGUCUGGUGUCAGAGGUAUCAAGAAGAUCAACUUUGGUGGUGUCGAGGAGAUCGUCCACGAGAGAGCCGACUGGCCAAGAGAGAAGUUGCUCGAGUACUUCAAGAACGACACUCUCGCUCUGAUUGGUUACGGCUCCCAAGGUUACGGUCAAGGUUUGAACCUGAGAGACAACGGUCUGAACGUCAUCAUCGGUGUCAGAAAGAACGGUGCUUCUUGGAAGGCUGCCAUUGAGGACGGAUGGGUUCCAGGUGAGAACUUGUUCGACGUCACCGAGGCCAUCAAGAAGGGAACCAUUGUCAUGAACUUGCUUUCUGACGCUGCUCAGUCCGAGACCUGGCCUACCAUCAAGCCAUUGCUCACCGAGGGUAAGACCCUGUACUUCUCCCACGGAUUUUCUCCUGUCUUCAAGGAGUUGACCCACGUUGUGCCACCAACCAACAUCGACGUGAUCCUGGCUGCUCCAAAGGGAUCCGGUAGAACUGUCAGAUCGCUCUUCAAGGAGGGCAGAGGUAUCAACUCUUCUUACGCCGUCUGGAACGACGUUACUGGUAAGGCCGAGGAGAAGGCCAUUGCUCUGGCUGUUGCCAUUGGAUCUGGUUACGUUUACCAGACCACCUUCGAAAGAGAGGUCAACUCUGACUUGUACGGUGAGAGAGGAUGUUUGAUGGGAGGUAUCCACGGUAUGUUCCUUGCUCAAUACGAAGUCCUGAGAGAAAACGGCCACUCUCCAUCGGAGGCUUUCAACGAGACUGUCGAGGAGGCUACCCAAUCCUUGUACCCAUUGAUUGGAAAGUAUGGUAUGGACUACAUGUACGAUGCCUGCUCGACCACUGCUAGAAGAGGUGCUCUUGACUGGUACCCAGUCUUCAAGGACGCCUUGAAGCCAGUCUUCCAAAAAUUGUACACUUCUGUGAAGGACGGCUCUGAGACCAAGAGAUCUCUGGAGUUCAACUCUCAGGCGGACUACAGAGAGAGAUUGGAGGAGGAGCUGCAGACCAUCAGAAACAUGGAAAUCUGGAAGGUCGGAAAAGAGGUCAGAAAGCUGAGACCAGAGAACAACUAA